AUGGCAUUUGGUAUAGGAGGAGGACGCGGGGGAGCUGGUGGUGGACGUGGAGGAGGUGGAGAAGGUAGGGGAGGCAGAGGAGGCGGCCGUGGCGGUGGUCGUGGUGGAGGCUUCCAAAGUCGUGGUGGGCGAGGUGGAGAUCGCGGCGGUCGGGGUGGAGGUGGUCGUGGUGGAGGUCGUGGCCGUGGUCGUGGAGGCCCUGGUGGUGGAGCCAGGGGCGGUGCAAAGGUUAUUCUCGAACCUCAUAGACAUCCAGGUGUCUUCAUCGCCAAGGGGAAAGACCAUCUACUUGUCACGAAGAACCUUGUCCCAGGAGAAAGUGUCUAUGGUGAGAAGCGGAUAUCCAUUGAAGGUGGUGUCGACGACACAAAGAUCGAGUAUCGCGUCUGGAACCCUUUCCGGAGUAAGUUGGCAGCAGGUGUAUUGGGCGGUAUGGAUAAAAUUUUCAUUGAACCUGGAAAGAAGGUUCUAUACCUCGGUGCUGCCAGCGGCACGAGUGUAAGUCACGUAGCAGAUAUCGUUGGUCCUGAAGGUGUUGUUUAUGCUGUCGAAUUUUCGCCACGAUCAGGGCGUGAUCUGAUCAAUAUGGCGAAAAAGCGAACAAAUGUCAUUCCCAUCGUGGAGGACGCCCGCCUUCCUAACAGGUACCGCAUGCUGGUGUCAACUGUAGACGUCAUAUUCGCAGACGUUGCACAGCCCGAUCAAGCACGUAUUGUCAUCCACAAUGCGCAGUUCUUCCUCAAAGAUGGUGGCCACGUGGUCAUCUCUAUCAAAGCUAGCUGUAUAGAUUCAACAGCAGCACCUUCCGCUGUUUUCGUGCAGGAAGUACAAAAACUACGAGAAAACAAGUUCAAACCUAUUGAACAAAUUACCCUCGAGCCCUACGAGCGUGACCAUGCUAUGGUUGCUGCUCAAUACCAACGACACACAUAAAAUGUACAUGCACUUGCUGCCUGCUAUGAAUCAUCUUGUUAGCUGGUAUCAUCAUUUGUCGUAAAAAGUAUUUGUGCUCAUAUCCUCGACACAAAUUUGUGCUUUUACUUAAUUAUUGGAAACCUCUGUAUCUGAACGAUGUGGACGUACAAGCCUUUGUGAAUAUUUGAAACGUGUCACGUCAAUAGGCAGUGCUUCGAUCC